AUGAAGGUGACUUGCAAGCCAACGUUGUGUGUGGCAAAGCAGAGUAUACAAAUUGCGCAGACUCGACCCGUAGGAUUUGGCUUCACUUCUUCAACUUACCUUUGUCGCUCUGGUCAUUGGCUGGAGGAUAGCACACCCGAUUUAGACAAGCUCAGGCUUCGCGACUCUGACUCCGGUAUGCCGGCCACCACACGGGCUAUGCGCCGGACGAGCAGAAACUUACAAGCCUCUCAUGCAGCAUCUUCAAGGCCCGCCAUGGCAAGCUCCUCCCGAGCACGUUCGAGUCGACAAGCUGCUGAACGGUCGCGGGCUGCAGUGUCGGCCAGUACACGCCAGGGCGCCGAUGACGAUGAUUCCGACGAUGGCGGGGGCGAUGGCGAUGACGAUGAGGAAGACAGUUCUGAUGAAGAAGUCGACCGAAGACCCGGAAUCCUGCAGACGGUGGCCGUGUUCCACCCGGAGCAUCUGACACCGGACGAAAUCAUCUCCAAUGGUAAUGCAAGGACCAGCGGCCACGAACUCAUACACCGAUUAGCAGAUGUACUUUCACAACUGGUCCGUACCGACGAUGACCUUCGCAUCUUACAACAGGCCAUACCUGUAGCAGGCCAGCUGUGGUCAGCACAGCUGGUCUCAAACAUGGACAGACGGUUCUAUGCAAUCGAAAAUGGUCUCCGACAGAACAUUAACAAUUUGCGGGAAGGUCAGGACGUCGUACGUACCAUCGGCUUGCUUCGUGACCUGUUCAAAGCCCUGGACGGCAUCCGAGCCAGGUACUUUGGAAGACUCUCGAACGUCAACCGUGGCACACUGGUCAGCCAGGUCGUUAGAAUGCUGCUCUGGAUGUUUGAGACCAACCGAGACUUGUAUGCCAACACAGCCCGACCUGCGUCUGCAGGAGCGGCCAUACAUGGCGAACAGCGACUUUUGUCUUGCUUCCUAUCUGCUCAAAGCCAGCCGCAAGUGAUUUUUGGUGUCAUCAAUCGCUUCGACGGCCACUACCAACACGAGGCGCUAAGACUCCGGCAGCUCUUCCAAACGGUCGAUCGGCACUUCAACACUGGACUGGAGGGCGAUCCAGAGAAUGUUCAUCGGCAGAAUCUGUGGCAGUUGCGACUCCAAUUAGCGCGUUUGGCUGACAGUCAGUACUAG